CCAGCAUUCGGAAUUCCAGCAUUCUUCCGUACGAUUUUCUUAGUCGACUUCAAUGGUGAAGAUGCUUUCGUCUGUAGGUAGAAGAAAAAGCAAGACUGCCUUCGGUUUUGACAUUGCCUUUUCUUACAUUGAUCAAAGGCUUCAAGAUGUUUUGGGCCAUUUCCAGAAGGAUUUCGAUAGAGGGAUUUCUGCAGAGAAUCUGGGGCCAAAAUUUGGCCAAUAUGGAUCAUUUUUACCAAUGCUUCUACGGAAUCCUCUUACGCAAUCACAACAUAAGAGUGUUACAAGUGUACAGAGUAGCAAUAUUCCCCAAUUGCUCAAGAAAUUUGAGAAUACGCACUCGACCACCACAAACAAUACUACCCUACAUGCAUGUGACAAAAAGGCACUAAAAAUUCGCAUUAAAAUUGGCGUUGGCAAAGCACCCAAAAGCAAUUGUGUGGGUCAUCGUAAUUUGGAUUUUAAUAACUGCUUGUCAUCUUCAUUUGAGAGUACCGUGGAAAAUAAAGAUGGAAACCAUGAACCGCUCUCUUCAAUGGUGCAGGCUAAGGCAUUGUUAGUAAUUCCUGAGAAUUCUACACUUUCACCCAUUCCCGAUUCUUUGUGCUUAGAAGAGAAGGGCAGCCCUGCUACAAGGAGUUAG